UUCGAGGGUUAGGGUUUAACAUUGGAUCAAAUCACAUUACAAGUUUACAACAGAGAAGAACAGAUUCAGCAGAGGGAGGGAUUGAAGAUGUUGUAUAUAAUCGGAUUGGGACUGGGCGACGAAAAAGACAUCACAUUAAGAGGAUUAGAAGCUGUGAAGAAAUGCCAAAAGCUCUAUAUUGAAUCCUACACAUCUCUCCUUUCCUUUGGUAUCUCCAAAGAUGGCAUCUCCACCCUGGAAAAGCUGUAUGGAAAGCCACUUACAGUUGCAGAUAGGGAAAUGGUAGAGGAAAAGGCUGAUGAUAUGUUGUUAGAGGCUCGUGAAUUUGAUGUUGCUUUCCUUGUUGUUGGAGACCCUUUUGGGGCGACAACACAUAGUGAUCUGGUUGUAAGGGCAAAGAAAUUGGAGGUGGAAGUGAAGGUGAUAUAUAAUGCAUCAGUAAUGAAUGCAGUUGGAGUAUGUGGCUUACAACUUUAUCGUUAUGGAGAAACUGUUUCUUUACCUUUCUUUACAGAAACAUGGAGACCUGAUAGUUUUUAUGAGAAAAUUCAAAGAAAUCGAGGACUAGGGUUACAUACUCUGUGUUUAUUAGAUAUACGAGUUAAAGAACCUUCAUUGGAAUCACUAUGCAGAGGAAAAAAGCAAUACGAGCCUCCUAGUUUCAUGACAAUUGGAGUUGCUAUUGAUCAACUCUUAGAGGUUGAACAACUACGUGGAGAAUUAGCUUACAAUGAAGACACAUUGUGUGUGGGAUUUGCAAGGCUAGGAAGUGAGAACCAAAAGGUGGUGGCCGGGUCAAUGAAGCAAUUAAGGACAGUUGACUUUGGUCAACCUCUUCAUUGCCUCACAAUAGUAGGUAAAACUCAUCCUGUGGAAGAAGAAAUGCUUGAUUUCUAUAGAAGUUGAAACCAUGUAUGUACAACUACAACAAACAACAAACUUCAUUUUUGCAGAAAAUGUACCAAAUAUUAUUACUUUUUUAUUUUGGUUUCUUGAAAUUUUAGUUUAAACAUGUUUGAUAUCUUGUGGGGAAAUAGAAUAUUACUAAGUUUUUGAAGAUGUACCAAAUGUUAU